UUAGCUAGCUAGUGUUUAUGCUAACGUACCGACAACACCGAGGUCAGAUCGCCCUCUCUACUGUGUCUGCAAAUAUAGGGCGUUUUCUCAUUGGCUGCCGACGGACACGGGGCAGGUCGCUCUCCUCGGUGCUGAAAUCUCUGCUCGUCGUGAUAAUGUGAACGGCGAUGAGGCCAAAAGGAGCGUCAGCCGAUGAACACCAAAAUGGACGAUGAUCUGUUCCAGCUUAGACAGCUGCCUGUUGUCUGCUUCCGUCGGACAGGUGAGAGCACACGCUCUGAGGAUGAUGGCGAGAAUAGAGAACAGGUUGUCAAGAUCGCAGAGCAGACUGAUCUGGAGUCAGUGGCACUUGCUGAUGGAGCUCCAGUUCCUCGGGAGUUUGCCAAUCCGACUGAUGACACAUUCAUGGUAGAAGAUGCUGUAGAGGCCAUAGGCUUUGGGACUUUUCAGUGGAAACUCUGUGUGUUUCUGGGGUUUUUGUUUGAUCAGAUGGCUGAUGCUAUGGAGAUGAUGAUCCUCAGCAUCUUAGCCCCACAGCUCCACUGUGAAUGGAGACUGCCCAGCCUCGAGGUGGCACUGCUCACAUCGGCAGUGUUUAUUGGAAUGAUGAUCAGCUCCUCUCUUUGGGGAAAUAUAUCCGACAAAUAUGGCAGAAAGACAGGUCUGAAGAUGAGUGUGUUGUGGACUAUGUUCUAUGGCCUAAUGAGUGCAUUUGCACCUAUUUAUGGGUGGAUCCUCAUCCUCCGUGCACUGGUGGGCUUUGGCAUUGGAGGAGCCCCACAGUCGGUGACACUGUAUGCUGAAUUUCUGCCUAUGAGGUCCAGAGCAACAUGCAUCUUGCUGAUUGAGAUAUUUUGGGCAUUGGGCACUGUGUUUGAGGUGCUUUUAGCCAUCCUGGUGAUGCCCACUCUGGGCUGGCGCUGGCUCCUUGGCCUUUCUACCAUUCCUCUCUUCAUCUUUGCCAUUCUAUGUUUUUGGCUGCCAGAGAGUGCUCGAUAUGAUGUGCUGACUGGGAACCAAGAAAAAGCUCUGGCCACACUGAAGCGCAUUGCCACAGAGAACAGAGCACCCAUGCCACUGGGAAAACUAGUCGCUGCCAGACAGGAGGAUCGUGGGAAGAUUCAAGACUUAUUUUCAUUAGACUUUCGCUGGACUACAGUUCUGCUUUGGUUUAUUUGGUUUGCCAAUGCCUUCUCCUAUUAUGGACUGGUACUUCUGACCACAGAGUUGUUUCAGGAGGGGGGUGCAUGUGGAAUGUCUAAAGGUAAUAAGAGGGAGCCCCGAUGCAGCUUGGAGUGUAAAUAUCUGAACUCUGAUGAUUAUAAAGACCUGUUAUGGACAACGUUAGCUGAAUUCCCAGGUCUGCUGGUGACACUGUGGGCAAUUGAUCGACUGGGAAGAAGAAGGACCAUGGCCUUGUGUUUCCUUGUUUUCUCUCUGUGCAUUAUUCCACUGUAUGGUUGUAUUGGGCGAGUAUCAAUGACAGUGUUAAUAGUCAUUGCCAGAGCCUUUAUUGCAGGAGGCUUCCAGGCUGCCUAUGUGUACACUCCAGAGGUGUACCCAACAGCGACCAGGGCUUUGGGGCUGGGAACAAGCAGUGGAAUGGCCAGAGUUGGUGCCCUCAUUACACCUUUUGUUGCACAGGUGAUGCUGGAGUCUUCUGUAUACCUGGCUCUCUCAGUCUACUGCUGCUGCUGCCUCCUAGCUGCCAUCGCCUCCUGUGCUCUGCCAAUUGAGACGACAGGAAGGGGCCUGCAGGAGUCCAGCCACCAUGAGUGGGGCCAGGAGAUGAUGGGCCGGGCGUCCUCCCGCAGCUCAGGGAGAAUCUCUCACUCCACCUCUGGCUCCCAGGACUGAGGACAUGCUGACUGGAGCACGACCAAAAGGCAGCCUUAGCAAAGAGGCGAGGAGAGGCAAGAAAGCUAAACCAGCUUUGCGUGUCCAUCACCUGUCCCAUCCUAUGACUCUUCAGUUUAGAGACCAAAGUGGCUUAAGAAAGCCAGGCAGCACAACAUUUUUACAUGUCACUGUAGUCUUCAGUCACCACUGCUGUCAUAAUUUUUCCAUUGUUUAACUGCACACAAGGUGAUUGGAAAGACCAAAUCACCCACACAAGUGUAAAAAUGAGUGGUGGACACAAUGGGAAACAAGAAUUCAAAUACUUAACAGAGUAUCUGAACCCUGCUUUUCUAAUCCCAGAGAAGCAAAGGGGAAUAGAAAGGGUGAGAGCAUUCAGAGCUGGCUUCAAACAACCAUUUUCUGUUUAAAGAGCCUUAAAACUACCUAUUCAGUUUAUGGAUGGGAGACCUACUCUUAACCCCAUGACAAGGCUGCUUCUAUUAUAAUGGGGAGACCUACUGUUAAAACCAUGACAAGGCUGCUUCUAUUAUAAUGGGGAGACCUACUGUUAAAACCAUGACAAGGCUGCUUCUAUUAUAAUGGGGAGACCUACUGUUAACCCCAUGACAAGGCUGCUUCUAUUAUAAUGGGGAGACCUACUGUUAAAACCAUGACAAGGCUGCUUCUAUUAUAAUGGGGAGACCUACUGUUAAAACCAUGACAAGGCUGCUUCUAUUAUAAUGGGGAGACCUACUGUUAACCCCAUGACAAGGCUGCUUCUAUUAUAAUGCUGGACAUAGAUGUGUAGAUAAGAAAGAGCAUUAUUUUGUGCACAGAAAUUGCCUGUUAAAAUGCACAUUAAAACUGAAAAAAAAAACUACAUCACAGUGGAAAACAGUUCUGCAUUAUCAAAUCAACAGACCGUCAGAUUAAACAGGGUCUAGGGUUACUUCAUUAUGUUCUUCAUCUUAACAGCAGGUAUUACUAUAGUAAUAACAAAACUAUCACCUUGGUCAUUACGUGUUCAUUUUAUUUCAACAAGAUGAAAAAUGUGCUGAAGCUAUCUGAGCAUAACAACAUUAGUGACAGCAUAUGAACAAUAUUUCAUAUAUUUAGCACAACCUGAAUGAGUCCACAGAUAUUUGACUGCAUCUGAAGACAACAUUAUCUAAGUCAAUUCAUAUUGUGAUAUUUAAAUCAGAGUAUUUUCAUCACAGAAAGCUGACUCAACCUAGUAAUUAAUAAUUACACAAUUUACUAAAUGACAUUAACAUGAGUAUAUGGUGUUAUGACUGAUAAACUGUGCCACAUCUCUUGCUCUACUUUACCAGACUCUAGACUUUGAGGCUGUGCACACAUAAACCUACAUGUGUAUGCGCAACCAUUUGGCAGGAUGUUACAUUCUGUAAAUAGUGCAUCAAUACCUGGUUUAGUUGUUGUCUUUGCUUUUGUUCGGAACAAAGGUGAAGACAUGAGGGUGUGUCUGUUUCUGCGAGGAACAUACUGGGCAAAGUGUUGUUUAAAAAAAAAAAAA